AUGGGCAAUCACUGUUCCGUGAAGGAGGUGCCCUGCUUCGAUGCUGUGCAGCAGCCGCUGCCGCAGCCACUGCCUGUGCAGGCUGAGCCCAGCCGCUCGACGGCAGUGGAUGCUUUGGCGGUCAGCGAGGUGCCUUCGCGAAGCUUGGCGGUGGAAAUCAUCAGCAGCCGGCCGAGAUCUGAAAAGGGCGAGGCGCCGGAAUCUGCGUUUGCCCCUGACGCUCGAGCCUCCGUGCCGGACGGGCUGGACAUGAGCCGGCUCCCUGACACGUAUUUCGACUGCGAAAUUGGUGAAUGUCCUGUGCUUGAGGAUGAGAGCAUCAGCCAGCGUCUGAGGUAUGAGUUCCAGUCUGGUGCUGUCUACGACGGCGACUGGUUGAAUGGUUCCCGCCAUGGUAUGGGGAAGCAGAUGUGGCCGGAUGGCACGGAGUAUGUCGGGCAGUGGCGCGAGGGCCGUGCCAGCGGCGUCGGGUGCAUCAAGCACAGUGACGGCGACUGCUACACUGGCCAGUGGGUCAACGGCCGUGCUCAUGGCUUGGGGGUGUAUCGUUUCCAGGAUGGUGCAGCCAGCUACGAAGGCCAGUUUCGCUGCGACCAUCGCGACGGAUUGGGUGUGGAGCGAUGGGUGGAUGGCUCCUGCUACGCUGGUGGCUUCCUGCAGGGUAGAAAAAGCGGUUUCGGGUCCAACAAGUGGCCAGACGGAACCGUAUACCACGGCAGCUGGCGUGAAAACUCGCCCUCUGGCCCUGGAGAGUAUACUCUCAGUGGAGGCCCCAGCUUCCGUGGCCAAUGGGAAAACUCCAUGCCACAUGGCAUUGGUGUCUACCAGUGGCCGGAUGGAAGAACGUAUGCAGGCAGAUACCACUUCGAUAAGAAGGAGGGCUUCGGUGUCUUCACCGAUGCUGACGGCAGUGUGCGUCAGGGCUACUGGAGCAAUGGUGAGCUUGUGGAGUAG